AGGAGCAUGGAGCAAAAAUAAAUAAACACAACACAGCCUUCUCCAUUCUCCUUUCUUCCUUUAUCUUUCCAGGCUCCUAUCUCUCUCUGUGAAAGUCUUAUUAUUAUUGAUGUGAUUCUCCACCAUAUACUCAACCCCAUCAUACUUUUACAAAAGAAACUAAAGCAAGAUCAGAGCUUUCAAUUAGAGACCACCCAGUUAAUCAUAUGGUUUUCUCAUCACUUCCUUCCUAUGUAGAUCCUCCCAAUUGGCCUCAGCAGCAGCCAGCUGGAGGACUUGGACUUGAUGAUGGUGGUGGUGGUGAUCAUGAGAUUUGUCAGCUUCCACCACCGCUGCUGCUGCCACCACCACCACCGCUGGGGAGUGGUGGAGAUGGAAGAUCUUUACAAAUAUUGGAUCCUGGAAGGAUGACAAAGCUGCCACAGCCAGACACAGCCAUGAAAUGCCCUAGAUGUGAAUCUACUAACACUAAGUUCUGCUACUUCAACAACUACAGCCUGUCACAGCCUCGUCACUUUUGCAAGACUUGUCGGCGGUAUUGGACAAGAGGGGGUGCGUUAAGGAACGUUCCGGUAGGCGGUGGUUGCAGGAGAAACAAGAAAAGCAACAAGGGUUCAAGGGGUUCUAGGUCAAAGUCACCAUCAGCUACCAUAAGCUCAACUAGUAAUGCCCCAGCAGAUAUAUUAGGGCAUUUAUCUCACAACACUCAACCACCUCACUUUCCAAUAUUACCCCCCUUGCAUCACUUUGGAGGUGGGGAUCUUGGUUUAACUUAUGGGGGUGGAAAUGGAACUGAUUUGUUUAAAUUUACUCACUUUCCAAAUAUGGAAGGUUCUAAUGGUGGGAUGUAUGGAGAAGGUCCAUCAAAUUAUAGUGGACAAGUUGGAGGGUUGAAGAUGGAGGAAAGUCAUCAGCAACAACAACAUCAAGAGAUGAACUUGUCAAGAAACUUCCUGGGCAUUUCAGGAAAUGAUCAGUUUUUGGGUACUAGCAAUGUUGCAUGGGGCACAACUGAUCUCAGUGGCUUCACUUCUUCUACUACUACUACUACUACCCAUCUCUUGUGAUCUACAUUAUUUUUCCAUCUUUCCAUUUUAAACUUGCAUCGUCUUCACUUGUGGGCAGAGAUGCCAUCAACAUUGUGCAUCGCUAAUUAGCAUUGGUUGUGCAAUGAGACGGUUGGUAUCAAUAUGAAAGAUUUCGUGGAAACCCUAGGGCAUAGGGCUUAAUUCUAGUGAUAUAUAAUAUAUACAUAUAAUUUGCUUUGUUCUAUUGUUCAUGAGGUUAUAUUUGUAAGUUGCAUUGUACUACUAUCAUGUGAGUUACUUUCUUUUAUAUGUAUCUUUGUUUGUGUUAAUCAGUUUAAGUUUACUCUCAA